CUCCCACUCCCUACUCAUCUCUGUGAGCUCGAGACUCUUCCCCCUCUCACUGCCUUCACGAGCUCUCCUGCCGAAACCUACGCGAGGUGGCCAGUGAAGCGCGAGCCUGUCCCCCCUUCUCCCCUCGUCACUUCAGUCAACAUGGCUACAGUGGUAACCUCGACCAGAUUCACGGACGAAUAUCAGCUGUAUGAGGAGCUCGGAAAGGGUGCCUUCUCAAUCGUUCGCCGAUGUGUUAAGAAGUCCACUGGCCAGGAGUAUGCUGCCAAAAUUAUUAACACAAAAAAGCUGUCAGCCAGAGAUCACCAGAAACUCGAGCGGGAGGCGAGAAUCUGUCGUCUACUCAAACAUCCAAACAUAGUUCGACUCCAUGACAGCAUCUCAGAGGAAGGCUUCCACUACCUCGUCUUUGACCUUGUCACUGGAGGAGAGCUGUUUGAGGACAUUGUUGCUCGAGAGUAUUACAGCGAGGCAGAUGCCAGUCACUGCAUCAAUCAGAUCCUGGAGAGCGUCAGUCACAUCCACCAGCAUGACAUUGUGCACAGGGACCUCAAGCCAGAGAAUCUUCUCCUGGCCAGUAAGAUGAAGGGAGCAGCAGUGAAGCUUGCUGACUUUGGUCUAGCCAUUGAGGUGCAGGGAGACCAACAGGCAUGGUUUGGUUUUGCAGGAACUCCAGGGUAUCUAUCACCAGAGGUGUUGAGAAAGGAUCCUUACGGCAAACCAGUGGACAUAUGGGCAUGUGGUGUGAUACUGUACAUCUUGUUGGUGGGCUACCCUCCCUUCUGGGACGAGGAUCAACAUAAAUUGUACCAACAAAUCAAGGCUGGUGCUUAUGAUUUUCCUUCUCCGGAGUGGGACACAGUGACCCCUGAGGCCAAGAAUCUGAUCAAUCAGAUGUUAACCAUUAACCCUGCCAAGCGGAUCACUGCCGACCAGGCCAUCAAGCAUCCCUGGGUCUGCCAACGCUCCACUGUGGCCUCCAUGAUGCACCGUCAGGAGACUGUGGAGUGUCUGCGCAAGUUUAACGCCAGGAGGAAACUGAAAGGAGCUAUCCUCACAACAAUGCUGGUGUCCAGGAACUUUUCAGUGGGACGGCAGCAUACCAGCCCUGCCGCUACCACCAGCACGGCCACAAUGGCACAGGAAGCAUGCAAAACCUUACUAAACAAAAAGUCGGACGGAGUGAAGUCACAGGGGAACAACAGUAAUAACAGUGUAGUAAGCAGCAGCAGCACCAAAGACAGCAGCAUGUCAUCUACAGCACCAAUGGAAGCCCAGACAACUGUUGUACACAACCCAGCUGACGGCACCAAGGGCUCCACAGAGAGCUGCAAUAACACAGAAGAGGAGGAGAUGAAAGCUGCAGUGGCUGCCUGUGAGUCUACAAGCACAGACAGUGCGGUGUUAAGCCUGUGCAGCACAGCUGAGGAGCAGACCCGCACCCUGUCUCCGAGCUGCUCGCCACUCACCUUGCCUGCAGCUCGUCCCCUUCAGGAGGCUGCUAUCAGCCCCACUGUCCCUCAGACUCGUCCAGCUCAGAGCUCCUGUCCGGAACCAGAGUCUGCUCUGUCGCCACCUGCAGGCAGCAGCAGCAGCAGCAGCAGCAAAGGACAGAAGACUCGUAAACAGGAGAUCAUAAAGAUGACGGAGCAGCUGAUUGAAGCUAUUAACAAUGGGGAUUUCGAAGCUUACACAAGAAUCUGUGACCCUGGACUGACUUCUUUUGAGCCAGAGGCUCUCGGAAACUUGGUGGAGGGCAUGGACUUCCACAAGUUCUACUUUGAGAACUUACUGAGUAAAAACAGUAAGCCGGUGCACACCACCAUCCUCAACCCCCACGUCCAUCUGAUCGGCGAGGAGGCCGCCUGCAUCGCUUACAUCCGCCUGACACAGUACAUCGACAGCCAGGGCCGGCCGCGCUCCUGCCAGUCGGAGGAGACACGUGUGUGGCACCGCCGGGAUGCCAAAUGGCUCAAUGUGCACUUCCACUGCUCUGGAGCGCCGGCUGCACCCCUGAACUGAAGACCAGGCCCAGCUUUGCCUGAACCCUAAAGCUGUUUGGAGCAUUUAUUCUCUGGGUCGGAUUGGUGUCUGGAUCCUGGCCAGGAAGAGGCUCCUUGGAACCUUCUAAAAACACAAAAGUGGGGAAAAUAUCAAAAAAAAUUAACAGAGAAAGAAAAACAGACUUUAAAAAAACAGCAUAUUUCAAGGCUUGACUGAGUGACAGACCACACCGAGCGACACCAAUCCAGUCCAAACGCUGGCGUAUGAGGGCGAGGCCUGGCUGAUGUCAGCCACUUUCUUGCAGAUGGUGCAUGUUUCCGGGGCAACAUGGGUUGAUGCUGUCCUGGUCCUUGUCUCCCAUGGCCUUUACUUCCCUUUGUCAGUUUUUGUCUGCUGUCUGGAAAAGUAUUAACAUGUUAAAAUAUAUAUAUAUAUAUAUCUAUAACAGAAAACACUUUAACACACAUAGUGAAUGAGAACGGAGCGGCAAGUUAAAUAAGUAUGUGGUGAUUUUGUUCAGUUUUUUUCAGAAAACAGCAGAAGGCCUACUUCUUUAGAGAUGUUGUUUGUUUGACAGUUAACAGGUGUAUGUGUGUGGGAAGGAUCAGCACAACUUGUAUCUACUAAAUAUCAUCAUUUAACAGCCAUCUUUGUGUCUGCUUUGAGCAUACGCACACAAGGUGUGAAAAGGGUUUAGACGCUGUUCUACGUUACUGAAGGGACCUUUAUUUGGAUUAUGUCUUUUUGUAUGACGUGUUAUAAAGCUGUUUGUUUUUAUCUCCUGCAUUAUGUAUUUUGAAUAACUGUGUUGAUCAUUUUUAAUCUAUGGGGGACUUUAUUUAAUACAAUCAUGUAUACAUAGAUAUUUAUAGAAGUAUAAAGGGGGAAAUGUGUUACUUUGAGGGUGUGGGGAGUUCAGCAUGAAAGUUGGUGUUUUUGUUCUGCUUUGUUGUCCCGAGGUGUAAAUACACACACACACACACACACACACACACACACACACACACACACACACACACACACACACACACACACACACACACACACACACACACACACACACACACACACACACACACACACACACACACACACACACACACACACACACACACACACACACACACACACACACACACACACACACACACACACAAGGCCCAUGUGAGCCACCUCUGAGCUUUAGACACAACAUGAGGCCUGCUCAUCUUGAAGUUGCAGAAGGCCUCCCUCUGUCUGCCCUGUAGUGUUUAAAAUCAGACACCAGGGGGCGCCAUCAGUCAAAAGCUCCUCACAUCUUUUACUUCCUAAUCUGAAAGCUCAGACCCACUCCCAUGCCAACAUUUGAAGAUUUCUUCGAUCUGUUUUGUGUUUUUGAGGUGAAGCAUGGAUUAUCUGAUCUUCUCAUGGCCUGUACUGUUUCUGCACAGACACUUAAGACUCACUGCUGUUGUGUUCACUCUUCUGACGGAGUAAACCUUUCUGCAACUUCAGGUUACGCUUGCCUGAAUCCUUCCCUUUCUCCCUACCUCUGUCCCUUUACUUCCAUCAUUCCUGCCUCCUUCUUACUCUUCGUAGCAGUCGUGUGAUGAUGUCACCCUUAUGCCUGUCUCUUGUUCUGGUCGUGUUUUUAUGUGGUCUGUCUUGGCUUGCCGUGUGACGUUGUUGCACUAUAAAAAAAAAGCAUGUUACAAAGGGAAUGCAGCUGAAGGAUUAGACUAAAACAAGGCAUGAUGGGCAGAGGGCUUGGCCUGAUAAAGGGCUGUGGGACCAUAGCUGAUGGCAAUCAAAGGAUUUUGUCAGAGUUUCUGUUGUAAAUGGCGUAGCUGUGAGUGUUUUGAUGUUAAUAUUUUUAUCAGUUGUUUUUGCCAGAACUGUUAAAAAAAGGAGUGGUUGAAAUGAAAGUAGGUGGAGACUGCAACAACACUUUUAUACUGCCCCCUUUGUCCCCACACACUGUAUGCAAAAUAUAGGAGCAAAAAAAAAAACAUCUAACACUCCUAUGGCUGAUCUGAUUGGAUUCACAACACUGUAAAAGCACACUAGUUUGAAGAUUCUCCCUUUUAAAGAGGACAAACAUAUCUGUGUGUCACUGUCGUAUAAACUUUGUGACUUUGUACCAGCGAGGUGGGGAGGCUUGCUGUCUUGUCCUGUGUGCUGCGCUGCUCCAUAGUAUCUCCAAUCAUCAGAUACCAUCAUCUAUGUUUGUACGUACCCUGGUGCAGUUGAUGCAAAUUUUUAGAAAUCGUUGUGAUUCACAUGUGAGACCCGCCCUCCUGUAUCAGCCACCUGUACUUCUGUGAAAUAUCUGAUAUGCCUCCAAACUCACCCCCCACACCCACCCCCGACCCCAUGAUGACGACCUGAUGAAAACCAGAGCUGAAACUAUGUGAUGUUUUUUGAUGACUUAAUGGUUGUUUGUGUGAUUUGAUGACGUGUGUUUCUUUCAUUAUGCGUGCCACACAGUCAUGGGGGUGUUUGAAGAAGAUGCAACUAAACCUUACAGGCUGCCCUGAAAGGAGGGAACAAUUAAAGUUCUAUGACCAUGACAUUUCUAAUAGAUUAAAAUUAAGGCAGAAUAGACAGGCGACAUGUGGUGUAUGAUGAUGAUGAUGAUGAAGAAGUACAGUUUGGGCAUUGAAUCAAAACUAUCUGCAUAGCUGGCUUAGCUGGAGGUGAGUGAGCACAUGUUGGAUGAACUGACAAUUUAAAAAGCUCACUUCCUGGUUUGAACCUGUGGAACAUCAGACAUGGUGUUAACAGGCACGUAUUACUUAAUAUCUUCAAUCUGGCUCAACAUCUGGAUGCUGAAAGCCUGUUAAGUCCAUCAUCUAAAGUGAAGUGUAUGGAGGCAAAGAAAACUCUAAAUGAUCCCAUUAUUAUUUUAUUAAUGCAGAAUACUCAAUACUUCUUUAAUAUCACUAAAUUCAUGCAUUGAAAUAUUCAACUGGGUUUUUGAUUUGUCAUUUGAUUCUUAAUAUCAUUGAAAAAAAGAUUCCAGUUGAGGCUUUAGUAGACGAGGAAUAUUUUAAUGCAAUGAAUGAAGUGAUGUUUUCAUUUAAACAUGAACAUUAAGCCGUAAUUAUGAUCUCAUAAGUAUUUCACGUAGAUGAGCUUUCUUUGCUUCCAUAGUAGUACUACAGAGUGACCUCUCUGCUUCAGCUGGAGAUCUUUAAGAUUUAAUGUCAUUAAUUGCAUUGUAAUAAGACAGGGUAUGGACUUUUGAGUCUAAAACUGUAUAUAGGAAACGUGACCAAAUGUAAACUUUAAGCAGGUUAACCUUGGGCUAAAACGCACCAACUACCUACAAAGAGGUUUUAUUUCACAGUAGGUAGAGCAGGUUGCUGUCUGUUGUUGUUUUGCUUCAUAUCAAACUUUCGUUCCAAAAAUGCAAACGUGCAAAACAAAAACUGAAUUGAUUAGACACUUUACAAAACACUUCAAAUGUCUAAGAAAUAUUUGAUGAGACAAAAGCACCAGAAUGAACUGAGGGGAGGAAAAGAUCCUUGAAGUGCUUCAUAGUAAAAGGGAAACUUAACAACCACGAUCUGAAACAGCAACACUAUAUGCAGUUUUACAAAUGGAAGAAAUAUGCAUGUCUACGUUCUGGUAAUUUUUCACUGUUACUUAAUAAAGAAAUGGAAAUCUGUGUUACUUGCAUCCUCCAGGUUAUGAAAUGGCUUUGUCUGAGAUGACAAAAUCAGCCAAUGUUAUCUCACAUUAAAGAGCAUAAAAGAUUCACAGAAGCCGAGCUUGUAUGUCAGUAAAGUUAUUGCAUUUUAACCUUAUACUACAAAGGGGCUACAUGUCUAUACUCUGAGUUUCACUUGGAUGCUGGACUUUUUGCAUGACCAUACAGUUAAUAAACAUCAUACAUUUAAAACA